AUGCACGCCAUCUCGCAACGGUGUCGUCCCAAGCACCAGGUGCUGGUACUCAAAUGUUACCCACGAACCACCAAGGGCGCUGUCGACAUCAAGCCCAACUCCAGCGAGCUCAGCUAUCUGCUAUUCUAUGCCCAAUCGCGCCGCUCCAAGGUCCAGAAAGUCGGCAGCUUUCUUGAAAAAAAGACGGCCAGCGAUGUCUACCGCCAGCGCAUCGGCAAUGUCCAGGUCACCCUCCAGAUCCUGACCGCGCUCAUCGAGAAGGUCCCCAAGGACCUUCCUCUAUUCGCCUCGAGCGUACUGAGCAUCCUUGACCAGAUCUUGCGCUCGCGCGAUAUCACCAUGGUCGAGUCGUCCAUCCCGACCUUCGAGGCCUUUUGUACCUACCACGAGCCGACCUCACUCGUGGGCGACCAGGCCUGUCAGAACCAGUACCUCUCCGUCGUCCGGCAGUAUGCUUCGCUUGCUUCGACACGCGCGUUCCCCGGCAAGGAUGAACCAAGUAAGCCCAUCGCCUUGCGCUGGCGUAAUGCGGGGCUCAAGGCGAUCAAGAGUAUUGCCUCGUCCGAGGCCCUCGCGGCCGCCAUGAGCGAACAGUACGACAUCACGGUCCCCAUGAUCCUCGAGAAUCUGUGGACCGACAACGAAGACUUUCUCGACGUAUUGUGUCAGCGCGCCGAGAUCGAGGACAAGAUGGGAGGCGCCUUGCUCAGACGACGUACGAGCAUCACAACUGUGCAGACGACCGAGACCGAGGCCCAUCCGAAUCCCUCUGCUUUGGCCGACUCCGCGGCCGACAUGGACAAGCUGGCCGAGGAGGAUACAGGCGUGCUGGCCAUGGAGUGUCUGCAUCGGAUCUUCAUUGCGCCGAACCGUUCCCAGGUUCAUGCGGCCACUCUUGCCCUGGUCAAGUUUAUCCAGGAACGCGUCAGUCAGCAGGAGGAGGUGGUCAAGACAGAUUCGAACGGACUUGAUAGUGGCUGGGCCAUCAAGAUGUUCUUGCUGGCGGCGCGUUGGGCUCCAGUUGCCGAUCGUUUCACCAUCCUCGUGACGGCCAUGGACACGCUCUCCCAGUACCCGUUGAAUGAUGAUACCUUGCGGCAGCACAUCGUGCUGGCUGCCAUGAUUGGUGCCCUUCUGCGAUCGGACAUCAACCUCAUUGGUCUGAGUGUUAUGGAUGUCUUGCUGCAACUUCUGUCUCACAUUCGUCGACUGGUUCAAUUGCCAGGCGACCCUAACAACAUGCGUACAGAGAUCCAUAUCCCCGGAAAGCCCGAUCCCCGGACCUCGAGUUCUCAACAAUUUGAGUCGAAGGAGGAGCGCAUCAUUGCUGAGCGCAAGGACCUGCUGUUCAGGCUGCAGGAAUGCAUCGGCGACCUGGCCACACAUGUGUACUACGCCGAACAAAUCUCCGACAUGAUCUCGACCAUCCUGCUCAAGCUCAAGCCCUCCCGGUUGAGCAAUAGCAACACCCCUUCUCCUCAGGGAGAGAAAUCGGACGGCACACCCAAGUCGUCGGCUCACCAACUCCCCGACGACCAACAACCGCAGCAUGCCGACUCGUUAUUUUCUCUGACGGUUGCUAAGAUCGCUGCGCUGAGGGCAAUCAAGUCGGUCUUGCUGGUAGCCAACCCGCGUCAUGCUCAUCAGAGGAUGCUGAGCACCGCCAGCGCUAGCAGCAGCGCUGGGGCUAGCAGUCGUGGCCUGUCCCGGAGCCGUGUGCCGGUACAGGUCUGGGACGGCACGCAAUGGUUGCUGCACGACUCCGAUGGUCUUGUUCGACAGGCAUAUGCGGAUGCCGUCGUUACCUGGCUCGACCGCGAAACUACGGCCGCCGACAGCAGGGCCCGUGAUGACUCGGCGCGUUCGCCGCUCAAGAGCCCCACCGCUAUGGCGAAGAGGACCGUCCUGAGCCCAUCGCCGCGCGAAAAACCGCCGGUCAAGAUCCCACGCUCCCACUUCCUGCAGCUGCUGCACGUCGCCAUCUAUGAUAAUGCGCUCGAUUAUAUCGAGUACGAGGCCGACAUUGUGCUUCUGCAUAUCCUGCUGGCAAAGUUGGUCGAGAAGCUGGGCAUCAACGCCGUUCGCUACGGCCUGCCCAUGAUCUUUCGGCUGCAGGAGGACAUCCAAGACGCUGAAACGCCCGUCCAUAAGGUGCGGCUGGGCAGCUUGGUGCAUGGAUACUUUUGGGCAUUGACAGAGAAGUUUGAUUUUGAGGGCACCGUUAUCGGGCGAGCCAUCCACAACGAGAUUGUGCGACGCCGUAGCAAGAACUUUUGGGUUGAUGGAGUUAACAUCCCUACGCCCCUCAUUGAAAUUGCUGGCAUUCCUGGAGUGCCGGGUCCUCAGCCACGACUGCCGCUCGAGCAGGUUGAGUCCGAGGCUCUGCUGCCAUUUGACGAACGCGAGGCACUCAUCGAGUGUGUCUGCGAGGCCUAUCAGGUACAAGCUGCUUCUCCCCUGUCCAGCCCGGCCGCUAGUCCCGGUCGGAGCUUCGCACACCCGGUUGGCGCAGUCAUUCCUGCCAUUGAGACCGAACAUGAGGUACCGCCUCACUUCCGGGAGCAGAUGCUCACCGAGUGGUCUCGUGAAGCUGCUCUCGCUGCUGUGCAGACGACCAGCAAGUCAGCGUCGCUUAAUGGGUCCCGGGCAGGCACCACUGCCACCCGGCUUACCUCCCCCAAUAAUGGCGGCGGCAAUGGGAACGGUCUUGCAGUACAGGGCAACGGGCGCCUUGGUGACAAGGCGUCUCCUGCGGCUAGCAGGACUAACCUACGUCCAUCGUCAUCCCCAUCUGGUGCAAUCAAGGCGCGCAAGAGUAGCUUCCGAAGUGGACACUCACCAUCGCCGUCACCGCCGAGUCAUCGGGGUGAUCUUGGCAAGGACUCGCCUGAACAGGUCAGGGGAGACCAUCCGCCUGUCGCGUCAGUGGAACAGCUCAAGCUCGUCCUCUCUGGUCAGCUCGUCCCGCCGCCGAGUGCGCAUGGCCACCACUGCGUGCUUGAGGCCUUUCCGCCGCACCAGCAACACUACGUGCAGCGCGAUGGCACCGAAAGCGAAAGCAGUGACUCCCUCAUCAGCUACGACAUGGCCCCGAGCGAGCUUUCCUUCAACCCCACCACCAUGCCCGCUCCCCCCCCGGGCGUUACUUACACCGACCCGACGUCAGCCGCAACCACCUCUGCCGGGCCCGAUUCGUCGCCGCCCCUGCCCCCGCUGCAGAUGACUCGCACAAUCUCGCGUGAGCGCAAGGCAGUCGUGACAGGCAUUGGCGGCAGUCCGCUCAACUCUCAUCCGCUUGGCAUGCCGGGAUCGUCCUCCCCGACGUCUCCCACUGCUGCUGCUGCUGCUGCUGCUGCUGCUGCUGCUGACGGAGUAGUGUCAGGGUCUUCGGCAUCUAGAAGGCCGUCGCUCUCGAAGCGGAGCGUGCGCAGCGCGAAGUUGGCGUCAGCUACUGUAGAGAAGUCGAGGGAGCGCGAUAGGGGUUUGUCGACUUCGUCGUGGAGGACGCCGUCGGUUACGGAUGGAGAGUAUGCUGGUGAGCCAAUACCCCCGCCGCCAGCAUUGGAUUUGCAGGCAUUGUUGAGGGGUAUUGAUUCGAUUUCGGGAGGAGAGGGAAUGAAGGCUAGCGGAAGUGGGGCAGCAGGCAUGGCGAAGCCGCCUUAUUGA